CUUUGGUCGGACCGUCCCGACGGGGCGGCGGGACAUGGACGGGGUGCGGGCGCUGCGAGCCCCCGGCCGGGACGCCCAGGAGGCGUGGUGGAGGAGGUUUCCCGCGGAACGGCGCGUCGUCCGCGCGUCUGUCGAAGUGCUGAAUUAUGAGAACAUGGUGGAAACGGGCUCGGAGACGGACGAGGACGACAAGCUGCUCGUCUCCGAGGAGGACGGCCUGGCCAACGGGGACGCCAGCCCGGCCAGCCUGCCCAAUCACGAGGCGGCGGCGUCGCCCAGGGCGGGCCACGCCCUGAUGACGGCGAAGGAGGACGAGGAAGAGGACCUGAGGAACGGCGCGGCGGACCACGUCUGGCACGGCGGCGACGUGCUGCGGGCCGCGGUCCACGGGACGGAUGAGAUGAAGGACGAGUUCGAUUCCAUGGGGCCUGACGUCGCUCAUCAGAGACUUGGAAAUGGUACAGUUAAGAACGUUGAUUGCACUUCGGAAUUCGAGGAGUUUUUUUCCGAGCGGAAGCUGGAGGAAGCGGAGAGCCACGUGGUCAGCAUCGCCGAGUACCUGCAGCGGGGGGACACCGCCAUCAUUUACCCAGAAGCCCCGGAGGAGCUGUCCCGUCUGGGCACGCCCGAGGCGAACGGACCGGAGGAGAAUGACGCACCACCUGGAACUCCAGAUGCUUUCGCCCAACUGUUGACCUGCCCCUACUGCGACCGGGGCUACAAGCGGCUGACGUCGCUCAAGGAACACAUCAAGUACCGCCACGAGAAGAACGAGGAGAACUUCUCCUGCCCCCUGUGCAGCUACACGUUCGCCUACCGCACUCAGCUUGAGCGACAUAUGGCCACACACAAGCCAGGAAGAGAUCAGCACCAACUGCUGAACCAAGGAGCUGGCAACCGCAAGUUCAAAUGCACAGAAUGCGGCAAGGCCUUCAAAUACAAACACCAUCUGAAGGAACACCUGCGGAUUCACAGCGGUGAAAAGCCGUACGAAUGCCCGAACUGCAAGAAGCGCUUCUCCCACUCGGGCUCGUACAGCUCUCACAUCAGCAGCAAGAAGUGCAUCGGCCUGAUCGCGGUGAACGGAAGGAUGCGCGGCAGCAUGAAGACGGGAUCCUCGCCCACGUCGGCCUCCUCCUCCCCCACCAACUCCGCCAUCAGCCAGCUCCGGCACAAGCUGGAGAACGGGAGGCCCCCGGGCCUCCAGGACCAGGCCGGCCACCUCGACAUCAAGAGCGAGCCUCUGGACUUCAAUGACUACAAGCUCAUGAUGGCCUCCCACGGCUUCGGCACGCCCGGGCCCUUCAUGAACGGAGGGAUGGGGGGAGGGAGCCCGCUGGGGGUGCACAAUUCGGCCCAGAGUCCCUUGCAGCAUUUGGGGAUGGGGAUAGACUCUCAGCUCCUCGGGUACCCCGGCCUGGCGAACAACCUCAGCGAGGUGCAGAAGGUCCUCCAGAUCGUGGACAACACGGUGUGCCGACAGAAAAUGGACUGCAAGCCGGAGGAGAUCUCCAAGCUCAAGGCCUACAUGAAGGAGCUGGGGUCUCCGCUCGAGGAGCAGAGGCAGGGCCUGACGUCUCCUGGGGCUCCCCCCGCCAGUCUUCCAGUCGUCAGCCACAAUGGCGCCACCAAAAGCAUCAUCGACUACACGCUAGAGAAGGUGAACGAAGCCAAAGCCUGCCUCCAGAGCUUGACCACGGACUCAAAGAGACAAAUUAGCAAUAUCAAAAAAGAGAGAUCGAAUCACGUGCUAGACCUCGGCCACGAGGACAAGAUGCACGACAACAACAUGCUGUUUACACCGUUUUCUUGCCAGUACUGCAAAGAAACAUUUCCGGGCCCGAUUCCCCUGCAUCAACACGAACGCUACCUGUGCAAAAUGAACGAGGAGAUCAAGGCGGUCCUGCAGCCUAACGAAAACCUGGCGCCCAGCAAGCCGGGGAUGUUCACUGAGAAGCACGCCCUCUUGCUCUCUUCCAUGCUUUCGGAGAAAGGGGUACCGAGCUCCCUGAACCCCUACAAGGACCACAUGUCUGUACUGAAAGCCUACUUCGCCAUGAACAUGGAACCCAAUUCGGAGGAACUACUAAAGAUUUCCAUAGCGGUGGGCCUCCCUCAGGAAUUUGUGAAAGAGUGGUUUGAGCAGAGGAAAGUCUACCAGUACAACAAUUCCAGGACCCCGCCUCUAGAACGGAACAGCAUGGACAUGUCGCUGGCUGUUGCCAAUCACACCCCCUCAAAAGAUUCCUUAGCAGCCAGGUCUCCGGUGUCCCUGGUCAAGGCCGCCAACCGCAUCACGUCCCCCUCCAUAGCGGAGCUCCACAACAACAUCAACAACUUCGACGCUCCCCUCCGGCUCUCCAAAACCGCCCAGUUUACCGGCGGGAAGCAGGCGGGCGACAAGCUGGACCACUCGAGGAGCAACACGCCUUCCCCGUUGAACCUUUCUUCCACGUCUUCGAAAAACUCCCACAGCAGCUCGUACACUCCAAACAGCUUCACGUCGGAGGACCUCCAGGCCGAGCCUCUGGACCUCUCCCUGCCAAAGCUCAUGAGGGAACCCAAGGGGGUCCUGUCCGUGAAAAGCAGGCCCAAACCCAACAGCAUACCUACAGACCACAACAGCGCUCCCUCCCCCAGGGAGCUGCUGGAGGAGCCGCUCAACCUGGCGUAUCUCAAGAAGGAGUUUGCCGGCUCCAACAAUGGCGGCAACCUGGACAAAAGCACUAGCCCCAUGUUCGGCAUUAACCCCUUCGGUGCCAAACCUCUGUACACCUCGCUUCCUCCGCAGAGCGCGUUCCCUCCGGCCACGUUCAUGCCCCCGGUUCAAGCCAGUAUACCCGGACUGGGACCGUACCCGGGGCUGGAUCAAAUGAGCUUCCUACCGCACAUGGCCUACACUUAUGCAACAGGAGCAGCCACUUUCGCUGAGCUGCAGCAACGAAGGAAAUACCAGCGGAAACCAGGUUUCCAGGGGGAGCUGCUCGACGGGACGGCCGAUUAUAUGUCAGGCCUGGAUGACCUGACAGACUCUGAGUCCUGUCUGUCUCGGAAGAAGAUUAAGAAGACAGAAAGUGGUAUGUACGCGUGUGACUUGUGCGACAAAACAUUCCAGAAGAGCAGUUCCCUCCUAAGACACAAAUAUGAGCACACAGGAAAGCGACCGCACCAGUGUCAGAUCUGCAAGAAGGCGUUCAAACACAAGCACCACCUUAUAGAGCACUCCCGGCUGCACUCGGGGGAGAAGCCGUACCAGUGCGACAAGUGCGGCAAGCGCUUCUCCCACUCGGGCUCCUACUCCCAACACAUGAACCACCGCUACUCCUACUGCAAGAGGGAGGCGGAGGAGCGGGAGGCGGCCGAGAAGGAGGCGCGGGAGAAGGGGCACCUGGAGCCCACCGAGCUGCUGAUCAACCGGGCGUACCUCCAGGGCAUCACUCCUCAGGGCUACCCCGACGCCGGGGAGCGGGACGGCGUCCCGAGGGGGGGCGGGCCGGACGGGGCGGCCCGGGAGCGGCAGAAGGAGGCGGAGGGGGCGUACGCGAAGCUGGGCCGCCGCGAGGAGCGCUUCGAGGUGGAGGAGGAGGAGGAGGAAGAGGAGGAGGAGAGCGAGAACAAGAGCAUGGACACGGACCCGGACACCCCACGGGGCGCGGAGGAGAACGGGGAGCACUCCCUGGACGAGAGCUCGAUGGACGGCAAAACGGAAACCAAAUCAGAUCGCGAGGACAACAUGGAGGACGGCGUGUGUAAUUAAAACUACUGCGUUUUCAAAGCUUCCCACUUCUUUUUUUUUUGUUCUUUUGUAAACAAAAAAA